AUGGCGGGAACUCUAGAGCAGCUUGAUCAGACCAUCGGGGAGGUACUCGCCGGCUGGAACUUCGUCAGCACCCUCAUCGCCUUCACCAUCGUCGGCUUCCUGGCCUGGAUCAUCUAUGACAGCGCCGAUGCCGACACACACCCGCUGCUGCUCGCCAGACAGGCGGUAGCUUCGUAUGUCAGGCAGCCGGGAGAGUCUGCUGUCUUCCGCUCCCCCGAAACUCCUCAUGGCUAUCCUCUCCGUACCGGUCUUGCCGUAAGACCUCCGGGCGCUCCCAUGUACUCGGCCGGCAAAGAUGGAGAUCUUCGCGAUAUCUGGCGACGUGUCACAGGCGAGAUCCCUCUCGAGAAGGGCGCAAAGUCUAGCGGCACUGCAAACAUCAUGACCGUCUUUGGAAAGGAAGGCGUCACCGAACACAAAGUUGAAGACGUUACUAAGGAGAUUGCGAUCCUCGGAAAGCAUCUACAGGAUCGCGGUGCUAAGAGAGUGGCCAUCUACCUCCCCAACAGUCUCGAGUUCCUCUCUGCACUCUUUGCGGGUGCCUUCUUCGACUUUACGCCUAUCUUGAUCCCAUACAACCAACCACACGAGACCCUUGCCGAACUCCUCCUCCAAACGAAAGCCGAUGCCCUCAUCGCUGAGGCUGGCUCUGUGCCUCUUGCCGAACUCAGUCAAGGCGUGUCCGGCCUGCGCUCCAUCGUCUGGACUGUAGAGAAGACAAGCAGGCACAUGGACUGGAGCGAGGUACCCGAAGGCAUCGGUGGAAAGAUCGAUGUUGCUGUUUGGCACGAGCUUGUACAGGAACAGAAGAAUGCCACUAUACCACUGCCGUCGAAUCCCGGCAAGCCUCGGAACGUUGUCUUCCUCUGGCAAGAAGCCGUUGGAAAGCCGGCAGAGGUUGUCGAAUUCACGCAACAGAAUCUGACUGCCGCCGUUGGUGCACUUGUCACGUCCCUCCCUGCCGCCCACCGUCUUAAUGCCUCGGAUACGUUCCUUCCCGCAGACGCCUUUACACAUUCCUACUGUCUGUGCCUGACGCUGGUUGCUCUGUUUUCUCACGCGACGGUUGUCAUCCAGUCCGUUGCCGGUCCGGGUGUCGAUCUGGAACUGGCAACACGCUCCAUCGCUCCUACGGUCACAGUGGUCUCAGCUGAAACAGCUGCGAAGCUUCACAACACCACCAAGACAUCCGUAACGGGUGGCCCCCAGAAGUUGGCUCAUUACCUCGAGACGCGCAUGUUGACUGCUGGCCGCCUGCCUACCGACAAUCUCCUCACAAAGCUCAAUGCGCCCAAGAGGGCGGCUGUCGGCACAACACCUGGAAAGCUGCGCUUGGUCUUUGUGUCUGAACGACAAGGCCUGAACACACCACCACUUAGCUCAGAGGACCUCUCCGAUCUACGCAUCUUCACCAAGGCGCGUGUCGUAUACGCUUUGACCACAGCCAAGGUAGCGGGAGCCGUUGCGCAAACCAACAUCUACGAUUACCGGAGGGAGACAGCAUCGAACAAGCACAGCCACUUCGGUGUGCCCCUCAGCUGCGUGGAGAUCAAGUUGAAAGAUACACCACAUCUCAAGACAACAGACGAGCAGACCGCAGGCGAGCUAGUCGUCACUGGCUCAUCGGUUGUGGGUGGUGAGGUCCACCUAGGCGUGAAUGCGACCAUCCGAGAGGACCAUACUUUGGCGUAUGUGUAG